UUCAAUAAACAUUUUUAGUGCACUUCUUGAAUGAAUUUCUUUGCUGAAAAACAAAAGAAGAACGAAUGAAAAGUUUCUGUGUGAACAGUACUUAACAGUUUUUGUGAGGUCACCUAUUAAUUUAGAUUUUGCAAGCAACUUAUUUAUUUUAUUAUAACAGCCCUGUCUCAAUUGUCACCUCAUUGCAUUUUGUGUAUGCAAUGUUGACAAGCUGUUGUUAGUCAAUUAUAAAUAUAAAAAAAUAAUAGAAAGUAUUUAUCAAAAUGAGUAAAUCAGCUUUAGCAAGUCUAACUGCGCAAUAUACAGACUCUGAAAAUGAAGAUGACCAAGCUGACGAUAGUGGUGAUUCGCAAAAUUCACAAUCAUCCCAGGUUAUUAUACCACAGCAAAACAUUUCAGCACAGUUAUUACAACCUAAACCAAUAUCUCCAGUUGAAAUAAAAAAAAAGAAGCGCAACAAAAAAGUACGUCGCCUUGUUAGUUAUCAAGAUGAUACAAUAAUAUCUGAUGAAGACGAUGACUUAGAAACAGAAACAUCUCAAAGUUCCGAAUCUGAAGAAGAAAAAGAGAAGGGUGUUUCAACUGAGUCAAGUAGCACGAAUGCCGAAGAAUCCGAAGCACCAAUGGAAGUUGAUAAUGAUUUAGCUUCGGAGUCAAUAAAGGACGUAUCAAAUUUAAGUAAAAUUGAUAAACAUAGUAAAUAUGCACAUUACAAUUUUACAUUGCCACCAGAACCAAAGGGUAAACCAUCUGGUGAAUUGGUUGAAAAAGUACGGCAAUUGUACGAAAAAAUGGACUCAAAUAAUAUGGAUAUGAAUCGUCUUAUUCAAGGGCGAAAAGAAUUUCGUAAUCCAAGUAUUUAUGAAAAAUUAAUACAGUUUUGCGAUAUAAAUGAGUUUGGGACAAAUUAUCCGCCAGAAAUCUAUAAUCCUCAUCAAUGGGGACCAGAAAGUUUCUAUGAAGAAUUAGCGCGAGUUCAGAAAAAUGAGAUGCUAAAACGCCAAAAGGAACGCAAAGAAACAGAUAAAAUUGAGCAAGCAACUGUUUUAGCACGCAAAGUUGAAGAGGAAGCGAAAAAACGAAAAUCAAAAUGGGAUCAACCGGCAGCUGUUAAGCCCGCAAUAGCACUAACUACGACUGUUACUGGUACUAAAGGAACAGUGAUAUCAGCAUUUGGGUCUUUACCGAAGAAGCCAGCCGCUUAACUAUUUUAAAGAAAAUGAAUUUAUAUAUAAUAAUUUUUUAUUUUUCACAAUAUACGUAUGUUUGUACAAUGCUUUGAUGAAAUAUGUUAUUUAAGAAAUUUUGAUUUUGAGUUGAUAUGAUUAAGAAAAAAAUUGUCUGU